UUUGGGGGUCUGUACAGAAGAGCAAAGAGACACCUCCUGCCAUCCUUCUCCUGCGCAGGGAUUUGGGGUGACCCGCCAAGAUGCCUACAGACCAGCAGCAAGAUGCGAGGUCCUUCCUCAGCGAGGAAAUGAUUGCUGAGUUCAAGGCCGCCUUUGACAUGUUUGACACUGAUGGUGGCGGUGACAUCAGCACCAAGGAGUUGGGAACUGUCAUGAGGAUGUUGGGACAGACCCCAACCAAGGAGGAGUUGGAUGCCAUCAUUGAGGAAGUAGAUGAGGAUGGCAGCGGCACUAUUGACUUUGAAGAGUUCUUGGUCAUGAUGGUGCGCCAGAUGAAAGAGGAUGCGCAGGGCAAAAGUGAAGAGGAGUUGGCUGAGUGCUUCCGUAUUUUUGACAAGAAUGCUGAUGGGUACAUUGAUGGCGAGGAGUUAGCUGAAAUCCUCCGUUCCUCAGGUGAGAGCAUCACAGAUGAGGAGAUUGAAGAGCUUAUGAAAGAUGGAGACAAAAACAACGAUGGCAAAAUUGACUUUGAUGAGUUCCUGAAGAUGAUGGAAGGUGUGCAGUAAGCAGUAGGACAUUCCUCUGGAGCGUUGUGACGCCAUCCUGUACAUUAAACUGCGUCUUACAUUUCAGGAAGGGACAAGUCACCCUGCUCUUUUCCUGUAUCUCCCACAAUCCUCCUUGCUUCUGAUGUGCACAUCACUCUCCAUGGCCAUCUUGCAUCCUGCAGAGAACCUCUCAGUUCAUGGUUUACUCUCAAACUCUGACAAUCUCAUAUGUUAUUUAUUAAAAAAAAAAUACAAAGUUACCAUUAAAACUCUUAGUGAACCUUUGAUAUCUCUGGGCUGCGUUCAUAGAAAUUCAAGAUCUAGCUGUGGUUCAAAGCAAAUGUAGAAGUACUUUUUUUGCUCAGGUCUCUCAUAUGAAGCAGCAUUAAUAGCAUUAUGGUUACCCCCCAUAUGCCACCCUAGAGGGCUGUCUGGUCUGUCUAGUGUUAACACUGAAGCUGCCAACCUUAUGCUGACACUUAGAAACGGUGGAAAGCACUAAUAUAUUUGCAUAUCCGUUAUUUUUACAUUCUUACAUUUCAGCAUGUAAAUAAAAAAGGGUGAUGUAUUUUGAGAA